GCCCGAACUUGUCGAUGUCAUCGCCAUGAUCUCUUUCAUCUCUUGUUUGUAUCUUUUUUUCUCUGAAAUUUUGGAUGAUACCCCCCGUCCUUCCGUCUUUACUUUGUCCGUCCGUUCGCAAAGCCGACCGCUAGACCCCGACUCUAGCAAAGGUCUAGAGCACGUCUUAGAUUUCCUACGGAUACCUAGGUUCCCACCUACCCAACCAUUAAUUGCGCGCGCAAUGCCGACGACAUCUUCCCAGUUGAUGAUUUAACGAUAACCCAACGACAACAACGACGGAACGACCUAAUUCACUGCAGUGCUCUUCUUGUCCAUACCUAUACUAGUUGUUCGACUGUUUAUAAUAUGCCAGCCCAGACUUCUUUCCCUUCGCUCGCUGCGCUUAGGCGUCUGCAGACGCUCAACCAUGUCUAUGCGCCUCUCCGACGAACCGGCACAGGCAGGAUAACGAACGGGUGGACGUGCGCAAGCUGUCGCAGCCAACUUUCUGCCUCUUCCGCUUCAUCGUCUUCUUCUUCUUCUUCUUCUUCGCUUUCGGCAUCCUUCUAUAACUCGACACUUGCCCGACGGUCGUUUUCCUCAAGUUCGAAACGAUCCAGCGACCAGAACUCGAACGGUUCUUCCUCUUCUUCUUCCUCCUCCUCGAACGCCAACGACAAAACAAACAACAACAAUGGCCGACGAACAGUACUGCUGGCGGCUGGCGGAGGCGCAGCGGCCGCGGGAUUGCUGGCGGUUGGAGACGAUGUCAAAUAUACAUACGAAGCGGUGGAGAGGACAGGGAGGGUGGCGAGCACGUUGGCGAUAUGCGUGAACGAUUAUCGGGUGACGUUGAACUCAAGGGAGAAGAUUGAGGACCCGGAGGAGAAGCAGCGGUUGCUGAGGGAGUGUCAUCAGCGGUGUGCGGAUCGGACGUUGGAGGUGUUGGAGAAGAGUGGUGGAAUAUUUAUCAAGUUGGGGCAGCAUUUGAGCGCAAUGAACUACCUCCUCCCCCCUGAAUGGACAACAACCUUCAUCCCUCUCCAAGACAAAUGCCCCGUCUCCUCCUUCGAGUCGAUCGAGCGCAUGUUCCUCGAAGACACCGGCACCUCGCUAUGGGACUACUUUUCCGAAUUCUCUCGCGAGCCCAUCGGCGCCGCCUCGCUGGCCCAAGUCCAUCUAGCCACCAUCAAAGAAACCGGCCAGCGCGUCGCCGUCAAAGUCCAACACCCGUCUCUCCAGCGCUGGGCGCCCCUCGACAUGCGUCUGACGUCGACCACCUUCAAGACGCUCAAGUACUUCUUCCCCGAAUACGACCUCGAAUGGCUCUCGUCCGAAGUCGAGAUCUCCCUGCCCAAGGAACUCGAUUUCACCUGCGAAGCCGAAAAUGCCCGCCGCACCUCCCGCUACUUCGCCGAAUUCGCUCCCUCUUUGCCCUUGGUCAUCCCCGACGUUCUCUGGGCCAAGAAGCGUCUGCUGGUCAUGGCGUGCGAAUCAGGCCACCGCCUCGACGAUCUGGCGUACAUGGACGCCCACGGCAUCGACCGGGACGAAGUCUCUGCCACGCUGGCACGCAUCUUCAACGAGAUGAUCUUUGGCGAGGGCGCGCCCCUCCACUGCGAUCCGCACGGGGGCAACAUUGCCAUCCGCCACCAUGACAACAACAUCAAAUCUAAGUCCAACUUUGACAUUAUUCUGUACGACCACGGCCUCUACCGCGACAUCCCCCUCCCCCUGCGUCGCUCCUACGCCAAACUCUGGCUGGCCAUCAUCGACGGGGACAUCCCCAAGAUGAAACGCUAUGUGUACGAAGUCGCCGGCAUCGGGGAAGACAAGUUCCCUCUUUUUGCUAGUGCCAUCACCGGCCGCGACUUUAUCAAUGUCGUCUCCGCCACCGACAGCGGAGGCGUCCUGAAACCGAAAGAGGCAUCGGAACAAAAGUCCAUGUCGACGGCACUGCAGGAGGGGCUGAUUGUGGAUUUGGUGCAGAUGUUGGGGCAAGUGCCGAGGAUUAUCUUGUUGAUUCUCAAGACGAAUGAUUUGACGAGGGCGCUGGAUGAGAGUCUGCAUACCAAGCAAGGGCCGGUGAGGCAGUUUUUGAUUUUGGCGCGGUAUUGUAUGCGUACUGUUUUCUACGAACAACUGGAGGAGAUUAGGGAGCUGGGAAGUAUUUGGAGCCCGGCGAAUCUAGUGAGGCUGGUGGGCGCGUGGUGGGGGAUGGCGAGGGUGGAGGUUAAAUUGGAGGUGUUUGAGUUGUGGUUGAGGGUCAAGAGGGCUUUGGGGCUUGGGUCGGGGUUCGGGAUGGGGAUGGGGAUGGGAGAGGAGGCACAACAACAGGUGGUGCCGGUGGGGAAGAAGGGGCAGAAGAGGUUGGAGAGGGAGGUUGAGGCUGCUGCUGCUGUUUCUGUUGCUGCUGCUGCGGCUGCGUAGGGCGUUGGUUGGAUUUUCGGUGAAUAGAAACCGGAGGACCGAAAGUGGGUACAUACAUGAACUCGAGUCGAGGCAUUAGAGAUAGAACUUUAGAAAGAAGUAGAUGUAGAUAGAUACCUAUUGUGUCUUGUUUUUUAAGUG